AUGGGACAUUCCCAGGCCCCGCGCUGGGGUCCAGAGGCCCGCGGCUGGGGUCCAGGGCCCCGGGGGCCAGAGGGCCCGCGUGGGCUUCCAGAGGGGGCCCGCGGCGGGCGUUCCCAGAGGGGCCCCGCGGCUGGGCGUUUCCGAGUGGGGCCCCGCUGUGGGGCGUUCCCGAAGAGGGGCCCGCGCUGGGCGUUCCCAGAGGGGGCCCCGCGGCUGGGAGCGUUCCCAGAGGGGCCCCGCGGCUGGGCUUCCGAGGGGCCCGCGGCUGGGGCCGUUCCCAGGGGGCCCGCGUCUGGUGGCGUUCCAGGGGCCGCGGCUGGGCGUUCUUCCAAGGGCCCGCGGCUGGGCGUUCCAGAGGCCCGCGGCUGGCGUUCCCGAGGGGCCCGCGUCUGGGGCUUCCCAGGGGCCCCGCGCUGGGGCGUUCCAAGGCCCGCGCUGGUUUUCCAGAGGCUGGAAACUCUAGAAGAGAGCAGAGCUGCUCUGGAGAAGCUGAGGUCAGACCUGGAGAGCCAGCAUCAGGAGAAUGUCACCAAGCUCAGAGCCCUGUGGUCCGAAGAGAAGGACAAGGAGCUCAGACAAGAGGUCCAAACCCAGCUGACCAAGGCCAAGGCUACAUGGAAGGAGGAGAUGGGACAAGUCCUGGACUCAGAGGCUGGAGGCAGCCGUAGCAGACGCCAGAGGACCAAGACCACACGAUACCAGGAGUCUCAGACGGACCUAACUGAGGAGGAGAAGGCCUGUAGACAAACCAGCCCUGAGAGGACCAGGGGCUGCUCCAGGCCUGCACUUAUGGGAAGGAGCUGGACACCAGGCUCCAAGGGAACAGAGGCUCCAGCUGCAGCGCGAAGUAGCAGAAAACGGCACGACGCAGAGAGCAGUGGAGGAUGCAUGGGAAACGAGUCCAGAAAAGAACUACAGGAGAAACACUUUGGAGGACAUUCCAAACAGGUGUCCCUAGCCCUGAGGGAAGCAGAGGAGAGGGUGAGGAGUUCGGAAGAGGACGAGCAGGGAGGAGCAGGAGGAGACCAGAGGGUUGAGGAGCUCCAAGAGGAGGUGCGGCGUUGGAGGCAGCUGGAGGAGGACCUGAAGACCGAGGUGGAGGAGGUGGCACAUCUGCAGAGCCAGGUGGAUGAUCUGCAAAGCCAGCUAGACCAUGAGAGGGAGGAGAAGGCUGCCCUGCUGAAAGCCGAGCUACUUGCAGCCAGAACCUCCUGGAACAGAGAGAAACAGCAGGAGAUCUCCUCCCUGCAGGCCUUCCAGGAGGAGAAGCUGAAACAGGCGCAGAAGGAUGUGCGGAAGGAGGCGAAUGGGGAGGCGGAGCGCCAAAGGAAAGAGCUCCUUUUGCAGAAGGAAGCUGAGCUGCAGCAGGCUCUGAGGGACCGAGAGGAGCACUGGAAGAGGCAGGAGGAUAGAAGGGGCAAGGAGGAGAGGAGGCAGGGCAGAGCGGAGGAACGGGAGGAGGUGCUCCAGGAGCUUAAGGCUGGGCUGAAGGAGGUGCAGUCUGUGCUCCUCAGAGGAGGAGCCCACAAAGAGAAGGAGAACGGAGGAGAGGUGGAGGGGAGGAGGAGAGCCAGUGGGAGCGUCAGGGAACUCCUCAUGUCUACCUGUAAAGACCUCCUCCUUAAAGCUGUAGCCCAGGCCAAGAAGGAGUGGAAGAAGAUCAGUGAGGAGAGGCUUGGCCGGGUGCUGAAGGAAACUCAGGAGCGUCAUGAGAAAGAACUCAACCAGAUUCAUAGCUCCACUGCUCAGAAGAUGGAAGAGGGUGGUUGUGGGAAGCAGUGUGCUGAGACUGUGUCUGAGCUGCAGAAGAAGAGUCGGGACCUCCAGAGGCAUCUAGAGAAGGCCUGCAGACAGCUACAGAUGACCGUCAAGGACCACAAGKCCUCAAUGCAGUGCCUCAAAGAUGAGCAUGAGGUGGCCCUACGGAAAGAGAAAAAGGACAACCUGGAGAAACUUGAAGAAUUGAAAAGCUCUGCAGCCAAAGAAUCCUCUGUCAGGCCACAGGGGCUGAGAAGAAAAUAAUUCACGCUGCGAGUAAGCUGGCAGCCAUGGCCAAAGUGUUGGAGACCCCUACCAAGAGGAAAACGGGAAAGAGCCACAGCUUACCGGGCUCAUCAUCAAAGACAGAGGCCGCUACUGACAAGCAUCCAGGCAACGCUUCAGGUUCCCCUUCUAAUAAAACCCAAUGUCCAGCWAGCCACUUCCCUGAGAUCACCAUGUCCAGUGGUGAUGAGGGGAGGAUCCUGAAGGCCAAGACGUACUCUGACCCUGACUCCAAAACCACCUCAGCUGCAGUCAACACCACCUGGAAUACUAGGCCUGUGAGUAAACCCACCCACCUGAACCUCCUGACCAAUGGAACGGAGAACCGAGCCCCUGCAAACAUGCUUGGGAAACCCCAUGUCUCUUCAGGACUUUUCCUCUCACUUCCUCCUCACAAAUUCUCUCAUCAAAUUGGUAAAACCUCCCUCGACUGUUACCGUGGUGAUUUUACUAACGUUACUCUGAGGACCCAGACCAGCAGGGAGCUGUACCUGCAGGGGGCGGAGUCGGGGAGAUCAGACGAUGACAACUUCCUGUGUCACCGUAGUAACGCUAAACCCUUCCUGGUCCAGGAGGAGCUUCCCGUUAGAGACGAAGGAGGAUCGAGCGAUUGGAGUUUGUCCAGUAAUGGGUCCCAAGAUGGCCGCCACGUCCUCGCAGUUUCCUCUCACCCAGGCAGAAAAAUGGAAACUGUGAAACCGUUCCCUUUGCGUGGAUCUUCUUCAGCUGAUGACCUGGGUGAUUUCGAUAACCUCGCCACUGACAACUCUGACGUGACRGUUUACAAAGACUUUGUCAAUGUUCAGUCUUGCGCCAAAUCCUCGACUUUCCCCAGUGUSCCGCCUCAGACCAAAGCUUUAACUCGGUCUGUCCCCACUAUGAAGACUGGUAGUAGUAGAUCGGGUCACAGAGAGCCUGUCCCUGGCUCUGAGGGGGACUGGCAGAACCAGAACCAGCUCCAGAACAGGCUGUGUUCCACGAGUCUGUUCUCUGAGCUGAAGCGGAGUCAACAGCAGGAGGGYGGUUCUGACGGUCCAUUCUCUCAUCGGAAAUAAGAGCUAACAGUUCUAAGACUCUGUAUGACCCUGUUCUUAUAAAGGGAGGAAAUGGAGAUUUCAGUGAGUCUUGAAUUUUGUAUUUUAGCUUUACAUUUACAUUAAUAUUKKAGUCAUUUAGCAGACSCUCUUAUCCAGAGUGACUUACAGGAGCAGUUAGGGUUAAGUGMCUUGCUCAAGGGCACAUCGACAGAUUUUUCACCUCGUCGGCUCGGCGAUUGGAACGGUCUUAACCGCUAGGCUACCUACCGCCCCACAUGAUAUGAUGUKGGAAAUGACUGAGGUAAUCAUUACGCCGAGGUAAUUCUAAAUUGCCACAAACGUGUACAAGUAAACCUCGUGUUCAUGUGUGUUAGGACCAAUAGCAAUCUUAGGUUGUGGUGUGCAGUGAAUGUGCCUUCAAGAACGGAUGGACACGUAGCACAAGCCUUGUGUGACCCUGGCUUCUUUCUAGUCAACGAUUUCCACGUUUCUAAAACGUUACACUUCUUCUGUCUUGUGUUCUUUUAAUGGAUUUUUAUCUGUACUGAAGGAUUUAUUUUAUUUUUGUUUUUCUAAAUUAAACUAUUUUUUUAUAUCAAGGUUGUGAGAGAUGCUGUGCAUGUAACAAAAUACACUUCUUUAUAAUAAAAAUGAUGUUGCUUUUAAAUGUAAUUUAUAAUAACUUUUCGUUUAGAUCUUAAUGAUGUGGACUAUAAUAAAAAAGGGUUCUAUUAACUCA